AUGACGUAUAAAAAAUUCUUGAUUAAACAGAAACAGGUGAACAACCCGAUUGAGUUUCUGAGCUUUACAAUCAACAUGAACAACCAUACAUUUUAUGUCUGUCUUACAAUUUUGGUGUUUUUGCUGGUUCUUUGUCGAGCCACUAAUGGGCUAACUCAGGCUGAGGCUCUCAUCAAGUGGAAACAAAGUCUACCUGAUCAACCCAUUCUGGACUCAUGGGUGAUCAACUCCACUGCAACAACUCAGACUCCAUGUUCGUGGCGAGGUAUCACUUGUGAUUCCCAAGGCAGUGUCGCUAUUAUAAACUUGGCUCAAACUGGACUUGCAGGUACCCUUCGGAACUUCAACUUUUCUGUUUUUCCUAACCUUCUUCGUCUUGAUCUCAAAGUAAACAACCUCACUGGCCCCAUUCCACAAAAUAUUGGGGUGCUCUCAAACCUCCAAUUCCUUGACCUUUCCACCAAUCAUCUCAAUGGCACUCUCCCUCUCUCUCUUGCCAAUCUGACUCAAGUUUAUGAGUUUGAUGUUUCAAGAACUCACAUAGCAGGGAUAUUAGACCCUCGCUUAUUUCCUGAUGGAUCUGACAACCCCAAAAGUGGUCUCAUUGGUAUCAGGAAUUUUCUCUCCCAGGACACCCUGCUAGGUGGCAGAAUCCCAAAUGAAAUAGGGAACAUAAGAAACUUAACUAUUCUAGCUAUCGAGGGAAACAAAUUUUAUGGGCCUAUUCCUCCAUCUUUAGGCAACUGCACACAUUUAAGCAUUGUCAGAUUGUCUGAGAACCUACUCACUGGCACAAUACCUCCAAGUAUUGGUAAAUUAACCAAUCUAACCGAUGUGCGCCUUUUCACUAACAACUUAAAUGGUACAGUACCACAAGAAUUUGGAAAUUUAUCCUCCUUGAUUGUGCUGCAUCUUGCUGAGAAUAACUUCGUCGGUCAAUUGCCACAAGUGUGCAAAAGUGGCAAACUUGCAAGGUUUGGUGCAGCUUACAACAGUUUCACUGGCCCAAUUCCUAGAAGCCUUAGAAACUGCUCAGCAUUGUUCAGAGUUCGACUUGAAUACAAUCGUCUGACAGGCUUUGCAGAUCAAGAUUUUGGAGUGUAUCCUAACCUCACUUACAUGGACUUCAGCUAUAACAAGGUGGUAGGUCACCUUUCUGCAAAUUGGGGUGCCUGCAAGAGCAUGCGAUCACUCAAAAUGGCAGGGAAUGCACUCAGUGGCAACAUUCCAGGUGAGAUUUUUCAGUUGAACCAGCUAGAAGAGCUUGACCUAUCCUCCAACCAAAUAUCAGGAGAGAUUCCUCCACAGAUAGGAAAUUCAGCCAAGUUGUAUGAAUUAAAUUUGAGUCACAACAAACUCUCUGGUAAGAUACCAUCAGAAAUUGGAAAGCUUUCCAACUUGCGGUCCUUAGACCUCUCUAUGAACAUGCUGUUGGGUUCAAUCCCAAAUCAGAUAGGGGACAUUUCCAACUUGCAGAAUUUAAAUCUGAGCAACAAUAAGUUAACCGGCACAAUCCCCUACCAAAUUGGAAACCUUGCAGCUUUACAAUAUUUUCUGGACUGGAGUUACAAUUCACUUUCAGGAAAUAUUCCUGCUGAUCUCGGGAAGCUCUCAAAUUUGAUAAGCUUGAAUAUCUCUCACAACAAUCUGUCAGGUUCCAUCCCUCACUCCAUCAGUGAAAUGUUGAGUUUGUCAGCCCUCAAUCUCUCCUACAAUAAUUUGGCGGGUCCUGCUCCUGAAGGUGGAAUAUUCAACUCUUCUUAUCCCCUGGAUUUGAGCAACAACAAAGAUUUAUGCGGGCGUGUUCGAGGCUUACAACCUUGUAAUGUCUUUCUCAGUCAACCUGUUGGUGAAUCUAGUGAGAAAAACAAGGUUGUGAUCCUUGUAGCUUCCUUGGGAGGCGGUCUUCUUAUUUCUUUGGUAUUAGUUGGGAUUUGUUUCUUGUGCCAUAAGAGAAAGGCAAGAGCUCCAAGUCAAAAAAUUUCAGUCGGAGGAACAAAUCCAUUUUCAAUUUGUUACUUUGACGGCAGAGUUGUGUAUGCAGACAUAAUAGAAGCCACCAAUAACUUUGAUAGCCAGUAUUGCAUUGGGGAAGGAGCACUGGGAAAAGUUUAUAAAGCGGAGAUGCAAGGAGGUCAAGUAUUUGCUGUAAAAAGGUUGAAGUGUGAUGCAGACAACUUAGAUGUUGAGAGUAUAAAAUCAUUUCAGAAUGAGGUAAAAGCCAUGACAGAAACACGCCACCGAAACAUUGUCAAGCUUUAUGGAUUUUGCUCCCAAGGGAUGCACACUUUUUUAAUUUAUGAGUAUAUGGAUAGAGGGAACUUAGCUGACCUGCUGAAACGUGAAAAUGGUGCAGUGGAACUAGAUUGGCAUAAGAGGGUUGAUAUCAUCAAAGCUGUAGCAAGCGCUUUGUCCUAUAUGCACCAUGAUUGCACUCCCCCUUUAAUUCACAGAGACAUAUCAAGCAAGAAUGUUUUACUGUCCUCCAAUCUUUCUGCCCAUAUCUCAGAUUUUGGAACUGCAAGGUUUCUAAAACCUGACUCACCUAUCCGGACAUCAUUUGCUGGCACAUACGGCUAUGCUGCUCCAGAGCUUGCUUACACAAUGGCAGUGACUGAGAAAUGUGAUGUGUUCAGCUUUGGCGUUUUGGCUUUGGAGGUUCUUAUGGGAAAGCACCCCAGUGACCUUGUUUCCGUCUUACAAACUUGGAGUGAAGAAAAAGAAAACUCUGAAAAGAUUUCACUAGACCCUCGUCUCUCACCUCCUCCAAAUAACCGUAUUUUGAAGGAAUUGAAUUUGAUUGCGAACAUUGCUCUUUCAUGCAUACAAGUAAACCCUCAAUCUCGACCAACCAUGCAAAACAUAGUUCAGCAGCUUAGGCUGUAG